AUGGAACAUUUGAGCAAACUUGAUUUCACCCUUUUGAAUGUAUCUGGUGAGAACUACGUGAGUUGGACAAUGGAUGUUAAGAUCCAUCUCACUAGUAAGAAACUGAGGAUGGCUAUUGUUAAAGAAAAUCUGCUUAACGAAGCCCAGAAGGCUGAAGCUAUGAUUCUGAUUAGGAGGCACCUAGAUGAGGUCCUCCAUUUGGACUACUCAUCGAUUGAGGAUCCCCAAAUACUAUGGGAUGCCCUGGCUAGUCGAUUUGAUCACCAAAAGACAAUCCUCUUGCCUGAAGCAAGAAACAAAUGGAUUCACUUACGGUUUAUGGACUUCAAAACCGUUAACGAGUAUAACUCUGAAUACAGAGCCAAGAACUAUACUCAAUUUUCAGAGUUGGUCACAGUUCUGCUCCUUGCCGAGAAGAACCUUGAUCUUCUUUUGAAGAACAACCAGGCUGGACCAGUUGGUACUCGACCUUUGCCAGAAGCAAAUUUGGUCAAUCGAAAUCCUCAACCUUUGCCAGAAACAAAUUUGGUCAACAGAAACAACCGUGGAGGAGGCAGAGGCCGGGGGUUCAAUCGUCGAGUGAGAGGACGGGGUAAUAGGGGCGGACAUGUUCCUUAUAAUAGGCCACCUAAUGGUCCCCCACAGUAUGGGCAAAGGGGGAAUAUGCGAAGAUGA